CUCCAUUCGUCUUUGUCCCACCGUGCACACUGCCUCCAACAAAGUCGAACGCAAUGUCGUUUAUGAACGCCGCUCCCCUGCGUAGGGCUGUUGCUGGACCUUCGUCUCUGGCCACCGCUGUCUCAAGGCGGGGGUUGGCCACCACGGCCCCUCGCGCCUUUGCCACUCCUGCCCAGGAGCCACCUGCUCAGGCGUCUGGCAAGUCGAAGCCCUCCCACAUCAAGGAGUUCAAGAUCUAUCGAUGGGACCCUGACCACCCAACGGAGAAGCCUCGAAUGCAGAGCUACAAUCUGGAUUUGAAUCAGACUGGACCCAUGGUGCUCGAUGCGCUGAUCAAGAUCAAGAAUGAGGUCGACCCAACAUUGACCUUCCGUCGCUCGUGCCGAGAAGGAAUCUGUGGAUCCUGUGCCAUGAACAUUGACGGCAUCAACACUCUGGCCUGUCUUUGCCGCAUCGAACGGGCGGGCGACACCAAGAUCUACCCUCUGCCACACAUGUACAUCGUCAAGGACCUGAUUCCCGAUCUCACACAAUUCUACAAGCAGUACCGUAGCAUCGAGCCCUUCCUCAAGGCUGACAAGACACCUGCCGAGGGGGAGCAUUUGCAGUCACCUGAAGAGCGCAGGAGGCUUGAUGGUCUGUACGAGUGCAUCCUUUGCGCCUGCUGUUCAACAUCAUGCCCUUCGUACUGGUGGAACCAGGACGAGUAUCUCGGACCUGCCGUUCUCAUGCAGGCAUACCGCUGGAUGGCAGACUCCAGGGAUAGCCAUGGCGACGAGAGGAGGCAGAAGCUGGAGAACACCUUUUCGCUGUAUAGGUGCCACACUAUCUUCAACUGUAGCCGAACGUGCCCCAAGGGCCUGAACCCUGCCAAGGCCAUUUCUCAGAUCAAGCAAGAUAUGGCCUUCGGCCCUCCCUCCAAGGAUGCUGACCGCCCAGUCAUCCAGGACUGA